AUGGCUUCCUACUUCCCCAAUAUCACUUUGGGAAACUUGCCCCAGCAACUCCUUCAGCAUAUUCAAUCGCUCUCUACGGGCGACUUGCUUCAAUAUGCACUCAUCGCUGGCGGUGCAUCUGUGUUUUCUUGUGUCUUUGUUUAUAUUCCCGUGCGGUUUAUAUAUCGAGUCUAUUUCCAUCCGUUAGCUGGUAUCCCGGGACCAAAGUUCCAGUUAAUCUCGUUGUAUUUUUCCCGGGUAUACUGGACGACAAACGGGAACAAAGGAACAUUCUUGUUCAGAUUACAGGGUUGGCAUGAAAAAUAUGGGCCGAUUGUUAGAACGGCACCGAAUAUGAUCCACUUCAAUGAUAUAGAUACCUACAAUCAAAUUUUCAAAGUGGGCACAAAAUAUCCCAAAUCAGCAACACUCUAUACGAACCUGACGACCCAGGGCUCUCUGCUCAACAUCACGGAUUUCCAUGAGGCCCAUCUCCGACGAGGCGCGCUGCAGCCAUAUUUUUCAAAACAAUCUGUUAGAAGACUAGAGGGUCUCAUCAACUCAAAAGUUUCCAAAUUCCUCGAUCGUCUCGAUGGUAUGGAUACGAUCAAUAUCAGUAGAGGAUUUAGAUGUCUUGCCUGUGACGUCAUAACAACAUACUCAUACGAGCAGUGUUUCGAGGCCCUUGAAGAUCCGGCAUUUGCGCCGGAUUGGCUUCUGGCAUUUGAAUCGCUGCUCGACAUCCCGCCUUUCGCUGAGAUAUUUCCUCCUUUGAUGAUUUUCCUCACUUGGUUCUUCGAGAAACUAGAUAGAGCUACUAUUCGCAAGAUUUCGCCAAGUGUAUCGGCUGUACUAGAUUUUACAGACCAGUGCAGCACAGCCGUCAGAAGGCAGAAGAGUCGAUGGGAUGCGGGAGAAAAAGAUAUGGUCACUAUUUUCGCGCAAUUAUUCCAGGACGACCCGAAGAAAGGAAGAAAAGCAUCAACAGAUUCAGAACUAGGGGCUGAUGCGCUAUUAACCGUUUCUGCUGGUAUGGAUACAUUGGGGCAUACUUUGACACAAGCAACAUACUAUUUAGUCAAAAACCCUGAUAUCCAAAGCAAGUUGCUUUCUGAACUCAAGACGGUAAUGAAAAACCCUAGGGACGACGUAAGCGAAGAAGCGUUGGAACACCUCCCGUUUCUGCAAGCUUGCUUAAAGGAAUCGCUCCGAUUCGCCCAUGGCGCUCCGGGACCUUUACCAAGAGACGUACCUCCGAGCGGUGCGACAAUUAUGGGCCACUAUCUGCCCCCUGGAACAAUUACUUCAACUUCACAGUACUUUUACCACACUAACCCAGAUAUAUUUCCUGAACCGCUAAAAUUCAAUCCGGAACGAUGGCUGGCAGAGGACACAAGAGAGCAAGAGAAAUACUUCGUGCCGUUCAGCCGAGGCGCAAGGGUGUGUAUUGGGCUGAAUUUAGCAUGGGGUGAACUGUCCCUGACAUUGGCAAGAUUGGUCAGGAGAUAUGAAGUAAGUUUUUCAGACGAGUUUAAGGAAGAAAAUAUGCAAUGGAAAGCCUUGUUUGUUCCAAUCACGAAGGGUCCUUUGCUAGUCAAUGUGAAGGAAAGGCGAGAGUAG